GUGACGUUCCCAAACAGCGUCAUUUCCCAAACUAAUUUUCCAUUUUAAUAAAGAAAAUGCAUAAACGCGGUCAAGUGAACAAAAAAUCCCUUGAAGAGGAGCAACAAGCCAUUGGUGCGAUCUACAAGCAAUACAUUGAUACUUUCCAAGAAAACUCCGACAUCCCAAGAAAAACGUUUGUCAAAUCGGACACGCUGUACGCUGAAGGCAAAGAAAAUGCGGAAAAGGGCCAAUUGUACAACCCCAAACCCUUCAUUCAACUGAAAAAGCAAACACCAAAUCCACAAGCCCCCUUUUUGUCAAGCAGUAAACGAACUAAGAAGAAAUCAAAUCUCAAAGCUCUUGGAGACGAACUCAAAAUGUUGCAGCACGAACGCCAAGUCAAAGAAAUUCAUUUGGUUGUCCCCAAAUUGGAACCCUCACCCCUCCUCACCCAUGAAAGUGAUUACACGAAUUCCACGAAUCUUUUCGUGUCGAAUUUGAAUCCGCAGAUUACUGAGAAUCACCUCAUUCAGAUGUUUGGGACCUAUGGGCCCCUGGCCAGUGUUAAGAUAAUGUGGCCGCGCAACGAAACGAGUUCUCGAGGUGCAAAUUGCGGUUUCGUGGCUUUCAUGAGCCGUUCGGACGCUGAACGCGCAAUGAACGGAUUAAAAAACCACGAAAUGAGAAUCAAUUGGGGCAAAUCGGUGAAAAUCCCCCCAUAUCCUAUUCACAUCCCACCCGAAUUGUACAAAUUGUAUGCACCUCCACCUCCCUCGGGACUCCCUUUUAACGCACAACCCUGUUCGGAGGACUUGUCACAAGCCGUGGUCAAAGUCACCAUUCCUUUCGAUCGCAACCUUUUAAUGAUUAUCCACAGAAUGAUCGAGUUUGUGAUUAGGGAAGGGCCGGAAUUUGAAGCCGUGAUCAUGGAUAUGGAGUCGGGGAAUUCCGAGUUUAAAUUCUUGUCCGAUUUUCAAGAUCCAGCUCAUACGUACUACCGAUGGAAAUUGUAUUCGUUGUUGAAUGGUGAACCGAAAAAUUCGUGGUCGAUGAAACCGUUCAGGAUGUACAAAAAUGGGUCAAUUUGGGUGCCCCCAACAGCCCCCAAUUACCGUGAAGGGAUGCCUCAGGAACUGAUUAAAAGUCCCAAGACCGAAAAUUUGUCUGAAACCCAAACCGCGCGUUUGGUUUCCUUGAUCAAACAUUUAACUACAACCAAAAGCUCAAUUUCCGAAGCGAUGGUUUUUUGUUUCAACCAUUGCAACGCCUUGGGUGAUAUUUUGCAAGUUUUGGUCGACUCAUUUAAAAAUGUUGCCACAAAUCCGGUUAAAAAACUCGCCCGACUUUACUUACUUUCUGAUAUUUUGUAUAAUUGUAAAGUGAGACAAAUCCGGUGCGAGAAAUUCACUCAGGAAGUUUGUUUGGAAAUUUUUAACCACCUCCAUAGCACUUACAAGGAAUUACAUCACGCACAGGAUAAAGUCUGUUUUAAAAUUAAAAUUUUUGCUGUGUUGAGAGCAUGGUUGUUGCAUCAUUUUUACGACGUGAAGUUUGUAACGAAAUUGGAAAAUGUGCUUUUGACUGGGAAUGAAAACGGUGAAGAUGAUGAUAAUUCGUUGAAUGAUGAACCGUUAGAUGGUGCGAAUUUGUUGAAAAGGUCGUAUCAUACCGCCACUACCGAUUGUUUGAUUGUUGAGAAGAAACCAAAACAAUUUGUCGAUAUGUUUAAUUAAGGAAAAUUUGUUUCGUGUUUAAUUAUAAGUUUUUACCUGG